AUGUCAAUGAGUCUUUUGGUCUUUCAGCCCGAGGAAUUGAUUUCAUUCGCGAAUUCCACACACAAAGAGUUGGAAUGCAGGUUCCCAGAUUCUCUGAAAGAACUGAAGUCCAAUCUGAAAAGACUUGAGUACAGUAGAAAGUUUGUUCAGAGUCCAGAUAAACUUUGGGAGAAAUGGACGGGCAGGAAGCCCGCAGCAAGUUUGCAGACUGAGUUCCGAACAAUUACUUCAAACGAGUUAUUACGGAAGAAAAUCAAGUUGAAAAAGCAACACGAAAUAGAUAGAAUCAUUGAGCUGAUUUCACAAAUUCAAACAUUCAUGGAUCAUGAGUCUGGAUCCCAAAAUACAAUUGACAGUGUCAUUGAUUUUGGUGCUGGAGUUGGGCAUUUGUCUCGCAUGAUUUCACUCGUGAAUAAGUUAGCAGUUAUGGCAGUCGAAGGAAAUCAUCAGUUUACUCUAUCGGCUCACAAUCUUGAUGAAAAACUGCUUCAAGAUUCUAAUAUCAAUUUGACAACGACUCCAAUGCGAUUCACUAGUUUCGUAACAGAAGAAAUGGCAACUAAAGUGGACGAUUUUGCUCAAAACUCGGCUAUUAUCGUUGGCCUGCAUUGUUGUGGGGAUUUUUCGUCUACGAUUCUGAAAGUAUUCCUCAAAAGCCGAAAGGCUCGAGCUCUCGUACUAUUCGGAUGCUGCUAUCACAAAGAAUUCCAAUGCUUCCAUUUUCUAAAUCCAGAUAACAAAGAUGCACAGACGUUAAAUGAUACAAAACUCCAAACUUCCACAGUUUUUCCGUUAAGUCGAAAAUGGAAAGGAUGUGAUUUGAGUUACAAUCAUCGAGAAAUCGCCUGCCACAACAAUGAAAACAUGGCCAGUCGGUUCGGCAAAACUAGCGCUGAUAGUUCACGAUAUGCCCGCGCUCAUCUCGAAAAAUGGAUUUGGGAAGUAUCCGACUCGCCAUCUGACAGAAAUAUUGGAAUGUGUUCGGUGAAGUGCGUCGAUAAUAAGACAACCUUCGAGGAAUAUAUUCGAAAAGCUUUAGCAAAACGUGGAAACCAUUUGCUGGAAAAAGUUUUAAGGAUCAUCCCCAAAUCCGAGUUGUCUAGUUUUGUGUCAUCGUUCAAAAGUUCUCAGUUCGAUUCAUUCGACGUGUUGCGCCUAAUGUUUGCUCCUGCAAUCGAAUCAGCAAUUAUUGACGACAGAAUAUCGUUUCUACAAGAAAAUGGUGUAAAUGCUCAAUGUAUUCCUCUUUUCGAUCCUACUAUUUCACCAAGAAAUCUUGCCAUUAUUGCUUAUAAACAUUGUUAA